UUCAUGCUCCCAGCAUGAGCUCCUAUUUUGUCAACCCCCUGUUCUCCAAAUACAAAGGCGGUGAGUCCUUGGAGCCGGCGUAUUACGACUGCCGGUUCCCUCAAAGUGUGGGUAGGAGCCAUGCCUUAGUAUACGGCCCGGGCAGCACGGCGCCCAGCUUUCAGCAUGCCUCUCACCACGUCCAAGACUUCUUCCACCACGGGACUUCGAGCAUCUCCAACUCCGGCUACCAGCAGAACCCGUGUUCCCUCAGCUGCCACGGAGACGCCUCCAAAUUCUAUGGCUACGAGGCGCUCCCCAGACAGCCUCUUUAUGGGGCUCAGCAAGAGGCGAGCGUCGUGCAAUAUCCCGACUGUAAAUCCUCCGCCAACAGUAACAGUAACGAAGGACAAGGGCACCUAAAUCAAAACUCGUCUCCCAGUCUCAUGUUUCCAUGGAUGAGACCCCACGCUCCUGGGCGGCGCAGCGGACGACAAACUUACAGCCGGUAUCAGACCUUGGAACUAGAAAAGGAGUUUCUCUUUAAUCCAUAUUUGACACGAAAGCGACGAAUUGAGGUCUCUCACGCCCUGGGACUGACUGAAAGACAAGUGAAGAUUUGGUUCCAGAACCGCAGGAUGAAGUGGAAAAAGGAGAACAACAAGGAUAAACUUCCUGGAGCCCGAGAUGAGGAGAAAACAGAAGAAGAAGGGAACGAGGAAGAGGAGAAAGAAGAGGAAGAAAAAGAAGAGAACAAGGACUGAAAGGGGGAAAGAUUUUUUUUUCUUUUAGCAACUCCCUUGAAGUUUCGUUUUAUGGUAGAGGAUAAAUUGAGAAGUUUACGACUGUCAUUCGCUUUUAUAGAGAAUAGAAUGAGACUCACAACUGUAACUACCUGUCAAAUACUUGUAACUCUGGUUUUACGAUCAUUGAACUUCCCCCUAGCUUUAUAUUUUUUGGGGCUGGGAAGGGGAGAUGAGGGUUCUGGGAUGGUGCUGAGUGGAGGCGGGAGGAGGAAUCUAGACACAGAAAAGUUUUGGCUCCUGUCUCAACAAGCUCCCCACCACCCCUACACACACACACACACACACACACACACACACACACACACACACACACACACGCACGCACGCACGCACGCAAACACACUGCUCCUCCAGACUCUGUCCUCUCCUAGUAUCUCAGAUAUGCCCUCUCCUUCUUUGCUCUUCCUUUGGAUAUAAACUACAGUCCCACCUCACUGCCUCUUUGGUGUUUCUUUUUGUAGGGGAGCCCUCCCCCCACGCUCUGAAAGAGUUGAGGGAAGGGAGAGGGAAUUCCUUGCUUUUUCUUCUGUGCUAUGUUAUAUUAUUGGAUUCCCCCCCUAAUUCAUUGUUCCUUUUGGGGGAGGGGGAAGAUCCUUACUUAGAGUGACUCCCUUGGCUUUCCCUGGAACCUUAGGGAGACCUGACUUUCUGCUGCCCCACACCCCUAAGAAGCAGAGAUCAGUAUGUAGCCUCCCUCUAUAGAGUUCCUUCCAGCCAGGCCACGGUCAGUCCCCAGUUAGUGCUCUGUGGUUUCUGUUGUCCAAAGAGGCAGCAGCUCUGUGUCCAGCUUCCCCAGCCCCUAUAUGUGUUAGCUCUCUGAAAUAAUGAUAAUUAUGAUAAUAAUGAUAAUAAAUCUUUAAUGUACUACCUAAAGGGAACCUGCAAUAAUCUUGAAGAAGAAAAAAAAAAAGAAAAAAAUCCCCAUCUCAGGAGGGAGGGGGAAAAAAAGGGGAAAAAGAAAAAAGAAAAAAAAACCGUUAUAAGCCUCCAGCGUAUUGUAUCACUACCUAUAGAAGGAAGCCCUGCUUUGAGAGUAUUCGUAUCGCGGUUUUGUUGUCGUUUGUCGCUGCUUAUUUCAUGAAGAAGGUGCCCAACAACUAAAACUGCCUAGCUCACCAGUACUGUGUGUUCCUUUAUUGUGCUUUGAUACCCAGUAGAGUAGGAACUAAAUUGCACUGAAUGUAUAGUUAACUGUCUUGAACUAUCUGUUUAUGCAACGUGCUCGAAAGAAAAGGAAAAAAAAAGAUAAAAAAAUGAUAUCUAUAAUAAUAAUUUCUGGUCAUUCGUCUUUAUGUCGAGCUAUGAAUGUAGAUUUUGUGUGGCCACAGCCCUGUUUCUGGUCCAAGUACUUUGUAUUGUAUACGUGAAUCAUAAUAAAAACAAAAACAAACAAAGAAGA